AUGGAAUUUGGGUUAUUGUACAAGCAUCAAAAUGACGCCAUUUUGGAGGACCUCCUUCCAAACCUUCCCUUUUCAAACCGCAGCAACUACUGCCCGCCUCCAGGCCCACCCCAACGUGUCGCGAUAGGCUUCCAUCGCUGGUCGUUUCACCUCAAUGGCAGCCACAACUCUACUUCAUCCUCCUCCAACAAUGGCAACAAGAGCAUCAAGUUCAUUAAGAAGACUCUCUCCUUGAUAGACACUAGUUCAAUGCUUUCUACCAAGGUCGUCCCAAAAGGGUUUCUAGCCGUGUGCGUGGGAAAGGAGUUGAAAAGGUUCAUCAUCCUGAUAGAGUAUAUAGGUCACCAGGCAUUUGGGCUUCUGUUGAGGGAAGCUGAAGAAGAAUUCGGGUUUCAGCAGGAGGGUGUGCUCAAGAUCCCAUGUGAAGUGGUUGUGUUUGAGAGGAUCUUGAAGGUGGUGGAAGAAAAGAAAGUUGUGUUCUUCUUGCAUGAGUUUGGAUUGAAUGUAGAGAAGGAGAUGAUCGAUUGUUGCUCAUCCUCAGAUUGUGAGUUCACACAUUCUCACCAUCCUCAAAUGUGUAGGUGA